AUGGCACACGUGCUCUCUCUCCGUGUGCUUCUCUCUGCGGAGACCAACAGAAGUUCUUUUUCUUCUAAGUCCCUGAAAUUGGAUAAGAGAACGAAGACAUCCAUUUCUGCUCCUAGGAAAGGUAAUUUGAAUCCCUCACACAAAACCCAGAAGGUGAAUUUGGAGAUUUCUCCUCACAGAGCUGUUUCUGCAGUGAGAUUGAUGAGAAUAGAGAUGGGAGGUGCUUUUGCUGAUCUUCUCAAUGAGAAAGGCAAGGGUUCUGGUGCAAAUGAGAUGGGAUAUGUAGGAAGAACUCUUGGGUUUCGCACACGGGAUUUAGAGGAUCGUGAUCUUAGAUUGGUCACUGAUAUUGUUGGAGGUACAAUCCGCUGGAAGAGAUAUCUUGAUCAUUUGAUUAGUUCACUUUGUCAUGAUGCAAACACAUUUACCAGGAUGGAACCACUUCUUUUGCAGAUUCUCCGGAUUGGUUUCUAUGAGAUUAUUAAGCUGGAUAUGCCACCAUAUGCUGUUGUAGAUGAGAAUGUGAGGCUUGCAAAAGUUGCCCUUAGACAUGGUGCUGGCAACAUGGUCAAUGCAAUUCUCCGGAAGCUUGUUCUUCAUAUGGAAAAUAGCUCUCUUCCUCUACCCAAAUUGGAGGGUGAUGAUCGCACACAAGCACGUGCUCUUGCCACUCUGCACUCUCAUCCAGUUUGGAUGGUAAGGCGGUGGACAAAGCAUCUUGGACAAGAAGAAGCAAUUAGAUUAAUGAUGUGGAAUAACAGUGAUCCUAGUUUCAGCUUAAGGGCAAACAGUGGGAAAGGUGUUUCAAGAGCUGACCUUGUGACGAAGCUUGAUGUGUUAAAGGUUCCUUACGAGCUCUCUUUUUAUUUGAAUGAUUUUGUCCGUAUGAAAACAGGGUUGCAGAUGGUCAUACAAGCUGGUCUAUUGAAAGAAGGUUUAUGCUCAGUUCAGGAUGAGAGUGCAGGUCUGGUAGUUUCUGUUGUAGAUCCUCAAGUGGGUGAAAGCAUUGUUGAUUGUUGUGCUGCUCCUGGAGGAAAGACUCUUUACAUGGCAUCACUUUUGAGUGGCCAAGGUAUGGUACAUGCAGUUGACAUAAAUGAAGGCCGGUUGAGAAUCCUCAAAGAGACGGCUAAGUUGCACCAAGUAGAUGGUGUCAUCACCACUAUCCAUGCAGAUAUCCGUACUUUUUCUGACAAUAAUACAAUGAAGUGUGAUAAAGUUCUGUUGGAUGCUCCAUGCUCUGGAUUGGGUGUUCUCUCUAAGAGGGCAGACUUGCGUUGGAACAGGAAAUUAGAGGAUAUGGAGCAGCUUAAGAAUUUGCAGGAUGAGCUCCUUGAUGCAGCUUCCCUAUUGGUCAAGCCUGGUGGAGUUUUAGUAUACAGUACCUGCUCUAUAGAUCCAGAAGAGAAUGAAGAGAGGAUAGUUGCAUUUCUUCUCAGGCAUCCAGAUUUUUGCAUAGAUCCUAUUGGCAGAUAUGUUCCACCUGAUUUUGUAACCGAGCAUGGUUUCUAUUUCUCCAACCCUGUAAAGCAUUUCCUUGAUGGGGCAUUUGCUGCUCGUUUAAGCCGAGCUAUAUAA